AAUGGGGGUGCUAAGAUAGAAAAUGGUGGAGCUGCGACCAUCCAGUUUGAGAUUCAAACAACAAAGCCAUCCUCCAUGUCGUUUUGGAAAGCUUGUUUGCUGCCGGGGGUUAUUCCAUAUUCAUUAGCCUAUGCAUUUCUGAAACUCGUCAACUACUCAUUCUUCUUCUGGCUGCCAUUUUAUUUGAACAAUGCUCUGGGCUGGGUGGAGCAUGAUGCUGACAAGCUGUCCACUGUUUAUGAUGUGGCUGGGAUUGUAG